ACAAAACGACACCUAUUGACGUCGCUUUGUAGCAUAAGGUUAACAGAGAGAGAGAGAGAGAGACCCGCCCUCUUUCCCCCUCUCUCUCUCAAAUCCCAUUUCCUUCAUUUGAAUCCAAAACCUUCUGCAAAUCCAACAAUGGCGAACCGAGCCGUCCAAGAGAUAAUCGAGCAGCAAGUGCUGACGGUGGCGAAGGCGGUGGAGGACAAGCUCGACGAGGAGAUCGCAGCCCUAGAUCGGGUCGACGACGACGAUCUGGAGGUGCUCAGAGAGCGGAGGCUCCAGCAGAUGAAGAAGAUGGCCGAGAAGCGCAGCCGUUGGAUCUCCCUUGGCCACGGCGAGUACACCGAGAUCCCUUCCGAGAAGGACUUCUUCUCCGCCGUCAAGGCCAGUGACCGCGUCGUCUGCCACUUUUACCGCGAAAAUUGGCCCUGCAAGGUUGUGGACAAGCACUUGAGCAUAUUGGCAAAGCAACACAUAGAGACACGUUUUAUGAAGAUCAAUGCUGAGAAAAGUCCGUUCUUAGCGGAGAAGCUCAAGAUUGUUGUUCUUCCAACCCUUGCCCUUAUUAAGAAUGCCAAAGUGGAUGAUUAUGUGGUUGGAUUUGAUGAGCUGGGUGGGAAAGACGACUUCAGCACAGAAGAACUAGAGGAGAGGUUGGCUAGAGCUCAAGUCAUAUUUUUUGAAGGUGAAGCAUCUUUAAAGUCCAGUGCGAAAACCAGGAGUGUCCGGCAAAGCAGCAAGGAUGAUUCAUCAGAUUCAGAGUAAAACCCUAGCUAUCAUAUCAGAGUAUAGCCAUAGGUAUCCAAUUUGUUUAUUUCGGAAAUUGGAGCAGGUUAUGCUUCAUAUAAAUGAUCAGAUGUAUUGCUGUCUGUACUUGUAUGAUAUCCUUGAAACUUUGAGAUCAUCCUCUGGAUGCUAUUACAUUAGUUUUGGUGCUUGUAUUGAGAAAAGGUUUGGGAGCUUCCUCAUUGGGUAGUGAAAUUAUGAAAUCAUAUCAUGGUUUCUUUCGUAA